ACGGGAGGCUGGUCCGGAUUGAUGGGAAGAUGAAUGGCCGUUCACAUGGUAACCCAGGAAACAAAACCUGUUCAAGAAUAGAAAAAAAACAAAAAAAACUGCGCUUUUGGAGACGGUUCACCAUCCAGCGGGACAAUGKCAURGACCUUGUAGUUGUAGUGAAAUGCUUAGAAACAAAGUAUAUCCAUGUGUUAGAAUGGCCAAGUCAAAGCCCAGACCUACCCAGACUGAUUUUGUAAUCAGUGGCAAGCCUUUCUAAUAUGACUCAGCUUGAACUUUUUUUGGGGAAAAGGAAUAGGGAAGAAAAAUCAGUAGAGCAUAAAUCCAGAUAAAGCUCAAAAGUCUUGCUGCUAUAAUGGCAUCUAAAGGUGGCGUUGCAAAAACCAUUUAACAUUUCCACUUUGUGAUUAAGAAGAAAAAAAACAACAACUUCUGUUAUUACUCAUUACAUGGACAACUUUCAUAAAAUAAAAAUGGAACCAUGUCUUGUGGUUCGGUUGUAUCUAUUCUCGCUCUGAUAAUCGCCUGCAUUUGGCAAGCAGAUUGUGAUGGAUUGAGGGAGAGGAAGGUCCUAAUGACAGCGGCAGCCAGAGGAGAGCACGAGGAGAAAAUCCCACACUGAUGCAAACGAGCAUCAAAUCCUCUGACAACGUGACGUCCGAGCAGGCUCGUGGUGAAACGCGUGUGAAUUAGGUGGAAAUGAGUCACUUCGUCUCCUGUCCGAGCUCCUUGUUGGAGAUGUAGCCUGUCCGUGGACAGUAUUUAGUAACUUUUCGGGUGUCCGAUGGGACCCUCUUCUCACCUGGCGCGCUCGUGCGUCUCUUCCACGUCGCACCCAUGAACUUCUGGGUCCUGCGCGCGCCGCUGACGCUGCUGAGGCUCGUGCAUCCUUCACGAGGACAAUGAAGACGAGGACCCUCCUGUCGGUCAGCCUGAACUUCUUCGCCCUGUUGUUCGCCAUCACUGCCUUCAUCACCACUUACUGGUGCGUGGGGACGCAGCGGGUGCCCAAGCCCAAAUGYAGCAAGCUGCGGACGCACCAGUGCAUAGACUACGGAGUGAAUGAAACGGACCCCAACAAGGUGGUGUACAGCUGGGAGACCGGGGAUGACAGGUUCCUGUUCCGACAGUUUCACACCGGCAUUUGGUACUCAUGCGAGGAGAACAUCCACGAUGAAAGUGAAAGAUGCCGAAGUUUCAUCGAUUUAGCUCCUGCAUCAGAGAAAGGAAUGCUGUGGCUUUCUGUGGUUUCUGAGAUGUUGUACAUUUUGCUGCUGAUGGUGGGCUUCAGCCUCAUGUGCAUAGAGCUGGUCCACUCCAGCAACGUAAUUGAUGGGCUCAAGCUCAAUGCCUUUGCUGCUGUCUUCACGGUGCUCUCAGGUCUUCUUGGCAUGGUGGCGCAUGUGAUGUACACGCAGGUCUUCCAGGUCACCGUCAGCCAUGGUCCACCUGACUGGAGGCCCUACAACUGGGAUUAUGGGUGGUCUUUCUGCUUGGCAUGGGCGUCUUUCACCUGCUGCAUGGGYGCAUCGGUCACCACCCUCAACUCCUACACGAAGACYGUCAUCGAGUUCAGACACAAGCGCAAGACUUUCGAGCAGACCAUCCGGGAGGAGAACGCACGCGAGGCGUACGGAUACUUCCGGGACAACUCCUUGCACUCCAUCUCUAAAUCUGUGGACGUUUACUCCAGUCAGUCCCUAAAAAGCGGCAGGAGGACUCCUAUACYUACCACCUCAUUGGACUUUGUCGACCUCGCAGCAUCUCUUGGCGAGGAACAAUGCUGAUAWGUUCCGCUUCGUGUUCAGCUGUGACGCUUGCAGGUUUGCUCUUCAACGCUGCCUUAACUGAAGCAGAUCAGGUGGCUUCAAGUCACACUUGGUUCAAGUUGGGGAAAUAAACUGGCGGGAAAAAAUGGACAACUCCUGAGAUCCGUGGAUGUACAUGUAUUUUAUUUUUAGUUUUUUGUGAAACUGAAUAUAUUGUAACAUAUAAAGAAAUGUUGARGUCACCCAUAUAAUUGGAGUGAGUGUCUUUCAGCUUCUCACGGCCCUGGACUGGGUCAGAUYGAAAGACCAGAACAAACAUUAGGCYYAACUGGGUUUUCAAUGUGGUGAAUAAAGCGCACGUUUAUUAAAACCGGUGCUUAUUCAGCAU